UGGUGAGGCAGGCCAAGUGGAGAGACUAAUACUGAGAUAGCACACAUACAUGUGUUACACGAGUGCUUGUGCUGGUAGCAGAUAGCAUCCAUCGAUCGUACAUCAGGUACGUCGUCGGUCUCGUCAACGUUGACGACGAAAGCAACGUCUUCUCAUCCAAGCAAACCUAGCUAGCUGUUCUGCUGUUGUGUGGUAAGUAUUUUCAGUUUCACAGCUAACAGCUGAUCAAUUCCAAGCAUCUUCUCUUCUUCUUCUUCUUCUUUCCGAGAGAGAGAUCGAGCUAGCCCACAGCAUAGUACUCCGAUCGAACGUGGGAGAGCUCACCUACUGAUCAAAACUACGAAAGGCCGGUCUCAGGCCAUCCAUAUAUAAAGGAUCACACACCACAAUUAAGCUCUGCAGGCUUAGCUAGCUGAUCCAAUCAACUAAGGAUUGGAUUAACUAGCUAUACACACAAUUGCAUAUACUAGCUAGCUAGCUAGUACAUGGCAGUUACUGAAUCAGUUUGUUUGAGUGAUGAACAACAAGCAGUGGCAGUGAGGGAGGUGGCGCAGGUGUACGAGCUGAUCAAGACGCAGCAGCCUCUCCUCCUUGUACACCAGCAGCCGCAGCAGCUGGCGCAUGGCCUCCUCAACCACGCCAUGCGAGCCCUCAACGUCGCCCUCUCCGUCAUGAACCAACCACAUGCUUCUUCUUCUUCUUCUGCUGCUGCUGCUGCUGGUGGUCAUCAUUUUCCGGUGAUGACAAUGAUCAAAGCAGAGUCUACUCCGGCGAACAGCCCUGCUGCAGAUGUUUCAGACAACCACGUCGCUGGAAAGGCAAGAAGAUCAUCACCCGCCAAAAGAAGAAGGAUUAACUGUGAGGACAAGUCAUCGUGGGUUUACCACACAGUCGUCCCUCAUGAAGAUGGCUACCAAUGGAGGAAAUAUGGAGAGAAGAAGAUCCAGGGCACUCACUUCACAAGGAGCUACUUCAGGUGUACGUACAGAGAUGACAGGGGUUGCCAGGCCACCAAGCAAAUCCAACAAGAGGAUAAGAACGACCCACCCAUGUUCCAAGUGACAUACAGCAACGAACACACCUGCACCACCACUAGGCUUAUUAACAACACCAAUAAUAAUCCUGCAGCCUUGCACAGCUUGACGGCUAAUCCAAAUGGUCACCCUGACGAUGAUUCAGAUGAUACAAUCCUCACCAAGAUGAUCAAGCAAGAACAACAAGCUGCUUGGCUGCCUUCUCCUCCUCCUGAUCUAACAACCAUUUCUAACAAUUUUGAUGAAACGCCAGGAUUACAUGUGAGCCAAGAGGUGCCUCCUUGUUCAUCCAAUUCCUCUGCAAUAUCUCACUACGCUGAUGAAUUCGAUCAUCAUCAGAUGGGGCAGCAGCUGGAGACAACGGUGAUGGAGGAAGCAUUAGGGCUAGGAGCAGAUCUGGAUGAUCCUUAUUUCUACGAUCCAAACCUUCUCCUCAUCUAUGAGAACCUCAUGAACUGCUACUAGCUAAUUAUGGCUGAUUAGCACAAUUUUCAGAGAAGAUACAAAUUACUGCUCUUUGAUGAGUGAACCUUUAAGCAUUUGAGAGCUAGCUUAGUUCGUAGAGUUCAAUAUUCCUGGACAUACAUAUCAGGACAAAUUAGAUUUUGUUGCACAUUUGUACUUGUACUUCUUCUACUGAACCAUCACAGGAAAAACCAAAAAGCAAUAUUGUCGUUGGAAAGAAAAAAAAACUCUUUUAGUAUAGUCCAUUUUCUAGCCAAAAUGUCCUCUUGUACUGUUGGUCGCAGGCUGGAUUGUUGGAAAGAAGUGAUUUCUUUCGAA